AUGCUCAGUGUGGACAUGUACCCCAGUUUAAAUCUGGGAGCGCAGAGGAUUGGAGACUGCUUCUACAGAGAUCGAGACGCCUCAGCUCACACCGCCUUGUUCCCACCUCCGUGUGACUUGGCAGCAAAGGCCCUGCCACCAAGGCUGCUGGCCCCUCCUUCAGUCGCCACCGACAGCGUUGCCAAAACCCCAAAAGAUGAUGUGAAAAUGGAGCUUGAAAAUUCGUCUCUGUGGAAACAGUUCAGCUCGGUGGGCACAGAGAUGAUCAUCACAAAGAAGGGCAGGCGGAUGUUUCCAGGGUUACGGUUGAAGCUGGCUGGUCUGAACCCAUCCCUUCGUUACAUCCUGCUUUUGGACAUUGUCCCAGUGGACAACUCUCGCUACCGUUUCCAGGGAGGGGGCUGGCAGGCGGUGGGCGGGGCAGAGGCCCGGCUACCGGAUCGUGUAUUCAUCCAUCCAGACUCCCCUGCCACCGGAGCUCACUGGCAAAGCCGCACCAUCUCCUUUCACUAUGCAAAGCUGACCAACAACACCCUGGACUCACAAGGCCAUAUCAUCCUCCACUCUCUGCAUCGGUAUCAGCCCAGGGUACAUGUGAUUGAAGCCAGAGAUGUGCUGAGGUGGGGGGCAGCGCAGCAUUCCUUCAUCUUCCCAGAGACACAGUUUAUCACUGUCACUGCCUACCAGAACAACAAGAUCACCGAACUGAAGAUCAACUCCAACCCAUUUGCCAAGGGUUUCCGAGAUGAAGGCAUGAACAGCAAAAAGCAAAGAGAUGCAAGACAGAAGCGCAAACUGUCAGUCCACACGGAAACCUUGGAUAUAGUGAACUGUGACCCCUGUGACUCCACUCAGCUGAUGCCUCAGACAGGUUCUGACAGAGACCUGCAGGCCCUGGCUCUGGCCUCGCUCCCGGCACUGACCAACCCGACCUGUGCGUACCAACCAGAGGAGGGCAGCUUCCAGGACCCGCUGGUGCAACAGGCGCCUCUGGAUCUCGGCCCGCCUUUCAUGACAACCCAGCUGCCAGACAUCAGUAUGACUUUGACCACAGGGAUCCAGGACACAACAGGAAGUGAUGUCACAAACCCUGUGAUUGAAGGGUCCGACUCCAUCGGCGAUUCAGUUUACACCAACACUUUCGCCGCAAACCAAGAAAACUACACCUCAGCUCUUCUCUCCCAGUCAUCGCCCACGUUCUCCCUUCCUGACUCCUCCAACACCAACGAUCCUAUCAACUAUCCUCCGAUUCUUUCCUCAUCCCCUACACUUUCCUCCAGCUCCAACUCCCCCUCCCUGCAGCAGACCUCUUUCACCUUCCCCACCCCACCACCAUCCAGCUCCACCUCACCACAGCCACUUCUCACCACCGCGUCCCCUCCUGACUUCCAAACCAUAGGUUCUUCAGAACUGGAUAUGAUAAGCCCCCACACCCCUACGGACACUUCAUUUCCUCCCCCAGACCCCUCGUGCCAGGCCGGUCUGCAGCCGGAGCAGCUGUCUCACUCUUUGCUCUCACAAUCCAACCAAGUUGAGCCGCUCAGUGGCAACAACUCACCUGAUGAUCAGGGCUCAGCCACAUUUAUUUACCCCAACAACCUGCAGGGCGACCUGGAGCCACCUCCAGUCACUGCUCAGUUGCCCCUCACCCAAACCGCCCCUAUUUUACCCUCACAAUCCUACCCUGCACCCACACAUGGCUCUUCUACCUCCUUCAGUUUCCCAUCGGUUCCAUCUCAUAUUCAGAAUCUGACCUUUCCAAACAUGCCAUCAAACAAAGGUCACCCUUCCCUUCACCUUCCAAAUCUCCCUCAUCAAAAUCAGACCCCUGCUCUUGCCGCACCAUUCCCAUCUGCCUUCACACAUGCGUCCUCCUCCCUUCCGCACCCCUCUUUCCAACCUUCUUCUUGCUUGGCUGUCCCGUCAGCUCCAUCACUGCCAGCAGCUCAUCCUCCAACCAUGCAGACCUCCUCAACCCCUUCCUACCCACCUGUUGAUAUAGCUGCCAUGUCGCAGUUCAACCACCCGGGGUCCUACCGUUCAGAGAUGAUGCUGCAUCACCCUUCCCUCCACCCCCAGUUGGAGCCAUCACUUCCUACAUGCCUGCAGUCCUCUGCGGCCCACCCAAACCUCUACCCCGCCUUCCCAUCCUACCCUCUGAGGCUCUGUCAGGACCCUCACUCAUCCCUCUCCAUCCCACUCAGACAUCUCUACAGACACCAGCAUGGUCACCCCCACCCACAAGGGCCCUACCUGGACAUGAGCACAAGAGCUGUGUUUUGAAAUCUAGAACAU